AUGGCGGGGGUGAGCGUCAGCAUCGGCGCCGGAGUCGUCGGCGCGCGCGCCUCCGCGCGCGUCGAGCGUCGCGCGUCGGCCUCUCGACGCGUGACCGCGUCCGUGAACGGCGCAUCCAGGGCGACCACCGCGGUCGGGCCCGCCGGGCGGUCCGCGUUCCUCCGCGGUGUGGGCGGCCCCGCGGGUUUGGGGUCGGCCGCGCUUCCCCGGCGACGCGCGUCUCGCGCCGCGCCCCUCGCCCCGAACGCGCUCUUCUCCGAGUUCAUGCAGAACCUCGCGGGCCCCGCGCUGCUGGACGGCUGGGGUUUGCCCAACGUCGUCGAGGCCGUCAAGGCCUUACCCGCGAUCACCACGGAGACGAUCGCGGAUCUCGCGGUGGGCGCGGUGGCCGUCUUCGGCGCGGGCGUGUUCAUCAACGACACGGAUUCCGGCGGCGAGGUUCAGACCCAGACGGGCGGCGGCGGCGGCCAGGGCGGCGGCGGCAGGUUCGGAGGCGGAGGCGGCGGCGACGACUUCAACGACAAGUGGUACUUUGAAGAUCCCGACUCGGAGGCGAACAACUUUUUCAUCCGCGGCGGCGUCCAGGGCAUCUGGUGGAUCCUCCUGUGCGCGGCGGCCUCGGCGUACUGCGUCCUCAUCGGUAAGGCACCCCACCUGGGCGCCUUCUGGGGCCUGGCCGCCGUCGGCAUCGGCUGGGGCUUGUUCGUCUCCGUCGCGGUGGGCUUCACCGCCAUCGUCGCGGUGGUUGUCGCGGUGGACUACUUCCUCCAGUGGUCGCACGGCGAUCUCCACGCCGCGCUCAAGGCUGGGCAGGAGAAGCUCACCGGCGGUCUGAUCCAGAGGGAAUUUGACAUCCAACCCGCGGCUGCGGACAAGAAGAACGUCACGUCCGACCCUAACAGGAACCUGCCCGAGGGUGUGAGGAUCCUGGGCACCGACGCGCAGAUGGUGCAGGUUGACCUCAAGGCUGGCGAGGAGAUGAGCGCGGAGCCCGGUGCGAUGUGCUACAUGUCCUCCAACGUGCGAUCCAUCACUAGCCUUCAGGGCGGCGUGUUCGCCGGCAUCUCCCGCGUCCUCGCGGGUGAGCCGUUCUUCCUGAACAGCUUCAAGAACAUCGCCAACGACGGUCGCGACGGGUACAUUGCGCUCGCCGGUCGACGCGAGGGCGACAAGAUCAUCGUGCUGGACCUGGAUGCCUUUGGCGGUGAGAUUCUGUGCGCGCGUGACUCGUACCUGUGCUCCAAGGGCGAAGUGAGCAUCGACGCCGCUACCACCUUCACCCGAGGGCAGAUGGGUCUCCGCCUCUUCCUGUCCAACCAGAACACCAUCUUCAUGCAGAAGCUGAGUGGGUCCGGCCUGGCGUGCAUCUCAGGCAACGGCACCGUGAUCAGGCAGGACCUCCUGGAGGGCCAGGAGAUGGUCGUGGACGCGCGCGCGGUGUGCGCCUUCUCCAAGACGAUUGGGUACCAGCUGAGGCUCAUGAGCUCGCCGCUCGCCGCCAUCUUCGGCGGUGAGGGUCUGUUCUUUGCCAGGCUCUCCGGCCCGGGCACCUUCUACCUUCAGAGCCUGCCCGCCGCUCGCCAGGACGGAGGACUCCGCGACGAGGGAGAGGUGGCGGUGUAAUCGUCCCGAUCGUUGUCGCGGUCAUCGUCGGAGCCGGAGCCUCCACCCCGACCCACACAGCGCUGAACCUCCUCGUGAAGGAUUGGUGGCGCGCUCCCGGGGGUUGGUGGCGGCAAAACUCAUCAAAUUCUUUCUCAACACGGCGCGGCUUCUCGCCGCGUGCAAACGUAGCACCGUCCGGCGCUUUGCGUCGUCGGUUUUUCUUAAGACUUAUGCAAGUUUUCUCAA